UUUGGCUAUGAGGAGAUCGGGUCGAUCCCGAAAUGUAUUUGAAAACAAAUGCGGCGACGUGAUUGUCCUCAUUGUCCCCAGCUUCCCUCCUUGUCUGCUGUAUUAUUUGGGGCAAGUCAGCGACCGACCGCCCUAAAGUUCUAGAUUGUUUGCACAUUCCGACCGCAACUGGAAGUCAGCAAGAGUCGCAAACAUGACCGCCAAGGUGUCGAUUCCUGAAUUCCAGGCUACCGCCCUGGAGGCCGUUCCCACCAUCGCCAGCACCGCGCGCGGCACCUUCCGCACGCACAAGACCAAGAAACUGCAAUGGCGCCAGGUGCAGCUCCGCAAGCUGUACUGGGCUCUGGAGGAUUACAAGCCCCAGCUCGUGGCUGCCCUCAAGCAGGACCUGCACAAGUCCGACUUCGAGGCGCUGCUCCACGAGGUUGAGUGGCUGAAGAAGGACUGCCUGUUCAUGCUCGACCACCUCGAGAAGUUCGCCAAAGAGGAGAAGUUGGGAGCCCCCGAAGUACCGCUGCAGUAUUCAGUCAUGAAAUGGCGCAUCCGGAAAGAGCCCCUGGGCACCGUCCUCAUCAUCGGCCCCUACAACUUCCCGGUCCAGUUGCUCCUGGGCCCUUUGAUCGGCGUCAUCGCUGCUGGCUGUACUGCGGUGCUCAAGCCCUCUGAGCUGACUCCGGCGUGCGCUAUGGUCAUGAAGGAGAUGAUCGAGGCGCGGCUCGAUACUAGCGCCAUUGCCGUUGUCAAUGGCGGCAUCCCUGAGACGACGGCGCUCAUGAACGAGAAAUGGGACAAGAUCUUCUUCACGGGGAGCUCGGCCGUGGGCACCAUCAUUGCGAAGAAGGCUGCCGAGACGCUCACCCCCGUCGUCCUCGAGCUCGGCGGCAAGAACCCUGCGUUCAUCACCAAGAACGCCAACCUUGCGCUGGCCGCGCGGCGGUUGAUGUGGGGAAAGACCGUGAACUCGGGCCAGGUCUGCAUGUCGCAGAACUACGUGCUCAUCGACAAGGAUAUUGUCCCGACCUUUAUUGAGCACCUCAAGCAGGCGUACAAGGAGAUGUUCCCCAACGGAGCCAAGGCCAGCCCUGACCUAUCGCGCAUCGUCAACCAGAGGCAUUUCCAACGGCUGAAGAAGAUGUUGGACGACACCAAGGGCCAGGUCGUCAUGGGCGGAGCGAUGGACGAGUCGGAGCUCUUCAUUGAGCCCACCGCUGUGCUGGUCAGCUCGGUCGACGACUCCAUGAUGCAAGAGGAGUCGUUUGGGCCCAUAUUCUCUAUUUACCCAGUGAACUCGCUGGACGAGGCCCUGAAUGUGGCAAACCUGGUCCACCGCACGCCGCUGUCUCUAUUCUCAUUUGGCUCCAAGGCAGAGAACCAAAGGGUUCUCGACGAAAUGACCUCUGGCGGCGCCACGCUCAACGAUGCCUACUUCCACGGCUCAGUCAGCACGAUCCCCUUCGGCGGCGUCGGUGAUAGCGGGUGGGGCGCGUACCACGGCAAGGCAAGCUUCGACUGCUUCACGCACUUCCGGACCGUCUGCGAGACGCCCGCGUGGGUCGAGCCGCUGAUCGCCGUGCGCUACAUGCCCUUCGACAUGUCCAAGCUCCGGCUGCUGGACCGGCUGACGGGCCGGAAGGCCAACUUUGACCGCAACGGCAAGGUCGUCAAGGGCUUUGGCUACUGGGCGUCGUUCAUCCUGGGGCUGGGUGGGAAGAGCGCGAAAGGUGCGUUCCUGCGGUGGCUGGUCGUUCUGGCAGCCCACUAUCUGUAUACGAACCGUGUUGGAAGAUAGGGGUGCUUCUGGAUACUCUUUUGCUUUUCAUAGCUUGGAGCGAUCUAAUUCCGAGCUUGUGUUAUCUAGGAGCCGAUGAGUAACGGUCACAGCCAUGUAUGAUAGUCUAGAACCGUGGCUCGAACAGCAACUGGCCUCAAGUAGGCGUAGGCCAUAUGCUGGCGACGCGUUUUGCUGCGCUUCAACCACGUUCUAUUAUUUUCAACC